AUGAUCCUCUUAGAUGUUAUAGACGCUAUACUCUGCAAAACAUUCCCGACCACGCUACGCGACAUAGCACAACGAUGGUACAAUGGGUUGAAGGCCGGAUCGAUAGCUACAUGGAGAUUGUUGAACCGACAGUUCAUGCUAAGGUUCUUCAUGAACAUCCCGCCGGAAAAAAGUUCAGAAGAACUAUACAGAUGCAGACAAGGAGAAGGAGAGACACUAAGAGCAUACAUCGAAAGAUUCAAUAAUCAAGGUAUGAAGAUUGAGGACUUCAAUAACGACACAGUGGUGCAAUCCUUGAAGAAGGGUGACAUGGAUGGGAGUGCUAGGAGACAAGCUAAGUUCAAAAAGCUAAAGACUUAUCAAGAAGUGACGGUGGUAGCCAAGAAAUGUAUAAAUAUGGACGACAGGAGAAGACACAAGACGAGCGACACAUAA